GACGCAUCACAUUCAACUUCAGCAGGCGGAAAAUACUGCGCUACAAGCAUGAAGGUACAUGUACAGCUUGUCGCAGUCAUGGCGUGCUUGGCGGUGGAUACCAGCCGCGCAGCCCGCAUCCUGGCGCCGUUCCACUUCCCAGGCGGCAGUCACUUCAACACGCUGGGCCGGCUGGUGCGAGAGUUGGCCGCCAGGGGCCACCACCUGACCGUCGUGAGCCACACCCCACUGGAGGUCGCGCUGACCAACUACACCAACGUCAACAUCAGGGGGUCCGCUGCACUUAACACAGACAUGUUCAGUUUCGAGCAGCUUUCCUCCUCAAUCAAGAAAGACAUUGGUCUACUCGAUGUGGGUGUCAUAAAAGAAUUUGUUUCACCCUUAUACAGCAAAUAUCUUAAAAAUUGUGACGCCGUAUAUGAACAUCCCGCCGUUAAAGACCUUAUUAGAAGCAUAAGGUGUGGCGAGAAGCAGUUCGACAUGGUGAUAGUGCACGCUUUGUUGGUCAACUGCUUCGACCCUAUUGCGCACCUCCUCGGUGGGGUGCCACUCGUUGCUGUGUCAACUAGUUUGAUGACGCCUUGGUGCAGCGACAGGGUUGCCAACCCUCACAAUCCUGCCUACGUCGGCACCUACUUCCUCUCCUACGAAACUGGCAACAUGGGUUUCUACGAACGCUUUCUCAACACCUUUUAUCAUCUUUUUAUGAAACUUGAGCGCCACCGCGCCCUCUACGCGGGCACAGAGGAACUACACAGCCGCCACCUGGGCACGCAGCUGCCGCCUCUGUGGCAGUCGCUGUCGGCCACGAGCCUCGUGCUGCUCAACACGCACUGGACCAUCGGCGGCGCAGUGCCGCUGCUGCCCAACGUCGUAGAGGUCGGCGGACUCCACAUCGAGCAGCCGCAGCCCCUGCCGCAGGACAUGGAGCAGUUCCUGUCUGGGUCUAGAGAGGGCGCGGUGUACGUGUCGUUCGGCAGCCUGAUCCCGUUCCACACGCUGCCGCUGGACAAGAUGCGCGCCGUCCUGGAGGCGCUGUCCAGCCUCGAGCAGGGCGUCCUGCUGCGCUGCGACGUCUCCCAGCUGCCGGCCGGCGUGCGGCUGCCUGGCAACGUGUGGGCCAGCAAGUGGCUGCCGCAGGUCGACAUACUGGCGCACCGCAGCGUGCGCGCCUUCGUCACGCACGGCGGUAUGCACAGCGUGCUGGAGGCCGCCCACCACGGGGUGCCGCUGCUGGGCGUCCCGCUCUUCGCCGACCAGAGGCUCACCAUGAGCCGCAUGCAGACUCUGGGGGUCGCCAUCCAGCAGGACUACCUCCACAUGACGGCGCAGUCGCUUAGGGCGGCGCUGCGCUCCCUCGUCAACGGCACCAGGUACCGCGACCGCGCCAGGCGUCUGUCUGCACUGUUCCGGGACCGUCCCCGGCCGCCGCUGGAGGAGGCGGUGUACUGGGUGGAGUACGUUCUCAGACACCAGGGGGCGCCGCACCUCAGGUCUGCCGCGCUCGACCUCUCCUGGUACCGGUACCUGCUGCUAGAUGUCGCAGCAGUCGUGGGACUCGCUGCCGUCUUGACGGCCACGUUGCUCUACGUGAGUUUCAGGAAAGUGGACCUCUACGUGGGAUCAAAACUGGAGAAGUUAAAAGCUGCGUGA